AUGGAAAAAUCCUACGAAAUACCUUUAAAAGUACUUUUAAAAGCGCAUAUUCGCGGAAAUCCUGACGUCGACCGCAACCGCAGCCAACAUCCGUUCGCCUAUUUGCAUGUGAUUUGCGGCAUCUUCCCCAAAAUUCGAAUGAGCAAACCACAGCGAAGAAAAGGAAAUGUCCAGUCUGCUAGUAGCGCUCAUGCUGCCGCACUUCUGGAAAAGUCAGGACAACCCGUCGGAUUUGUCGGAUUCGAUACUGGAUUCUCUAAUGUGUUCGAGGCGGCUGCGGCGGCGAAAUCUGGAUCAGUCGGUCGUGAAAUCGACUCAGAUGUUGUGCUUAUAUUUCGAAAGUUAUCCAAAAAGGAUCCUCAAACCAGAGAGAAGGCUCUUCGCGAAUUGAUUGUUUCCAUGAAGGAAAAGAACGUGGAGAUGGUUGAGUUGUGCUGCAGUCAUUACGCAGUGAUGAUGGACAAAUUGGCGCUGGAUGGAAGUCCAACAGUACGAGUAUUGUCAUUGCGAGCCGCGUCGCUCUUCAUUUCGACUUUGAAAAAGGCGGCUGAAAAACAUUUGAAGGCAAUCAUGCCUUUCAUUCUAUUCGGAACCUGUGAUUCAAGCCUUUCCGUUGCAAAUCAGGCCGAAUCGGUACUUUCUGAGAAUUUUCCUGGCGAGAAGACACAACAAGCGUCUUCAAUAUUUGCCGUCGCCACUGCGAAUAUUGCUAUUGAUAUCAUAGCUGAACGGCAUUACUUAGCACAAGGGCAGAAGUACGACUGUGAAGACUCUCCGGAGCAGCGUUUAUCGCGGCUGACCACGCAAUGCUUGUUAACACUCGCUCGCCUAGCGCCGCUCUCCUCGUCAAACCCACGGCUCGCUGAAGUUCUCGAGGAUUUCUUCAAGGACACAGCUAUAAUUAAGAAACUGGUCAAAGGCAAUGCUUCGGUGAAAUCAGCUCUGCUAGGGGUAUGUCUACAAAUGAACGACUGUGUACCGUUGUUUCUCGAAACUCCGCUAGCCAAUUGGGUUAUAUCUAGCCUGGAUUCGCCUGAUUCUUCUGUUGGUACUAGGGCUUUUGAAGCAUUCAUACGAAUGGGAUCGGAUGAUAGAUUUUUUGAAAAAUUCAAUGUUCAAAAAUCUGUGAUCCCUAAACUUUUGUCUGUGUUGAGGAAGAAAGAAGUACACUGGCGCCAUGUGUAUCAAUUCUUCCUACCUAGCUAUGCUCUUCUCAUUCCGCGUGUUAACGAUCAGCCAAAGUUCAUUCAUUCAUUCUUGGAAUCGUUUUUGGAUGGUCUUCCUUUUGAAUCUAGUGGAUCUAUGCAGUUCUGGGCGAAUUCUUUCGCUGAGUGUUUAAAAUACACUUUUUCUAAAGAUGAGUUGAUCGCGCAGUGUUCAGAGACGAAGUUAGUUGAGCUUGUGAUACAAAGCGUAGAACAAAUCAGCAAUGGAACGCCUGACUGCCAAAAACCUGUCGUUGAAUUAAUACAAUGGAUUCUGGAGAAGAAAGUAUUGUCGGAAGCGAAUUCGUUGUUCUUACUUGAUUCUCUACAGCUAAACCUCAUAAAUAAGCGACCGCAGAGUGAUGGCUUGGGCGCAUUGCUGGUCGCCAGCGCUUCUUGGUGUUUGCGUGCUUUUCACAUCGCUUUAUUGAGGGUUCCUCCGCUUCACGCGGACUUCGUUAGCCCUCUACUAUCUUGUUCUGAUGACUAUUUAUCAUAUGUGGAUAAGAAUGUAGAUAUCAUCUCAUUGCUCAAGAAAGAAACACAAGUGUCCUCCGAGUAUGCGCGAGUGGUGCUGCGCGUUUUACGAAAUAGUCCUAGCCGUUUCAAAAAUCUGGAUCUAUCAACUGCAAACUUCACACCAUUUUUGCUCCCGGAAUUAUCUCCAAACGAUUGGCCAUUGGUUCUGGAGUCGCUUGGAUCAGAAUUGGUCCCAUGUUUGAAAAAAGUCAUUUUGCAAUGGGAACGGACGGUUGAUCUUAAUCCCGCCAAGAAUGUUCUGCAGAAUCUGGAGGUCCAACAACGUGGGGCGGUUCUCUCAGCAUUCCUCGAACAGGAAAAUUUCUCAACUUGUUUCAUCGCGGAGUUGAUGAGGUCGCUGGAAUUACCAGAGGAACUGACUGCCGAGUUCUCACGUCUAUUGUUCCGAGCCAUCUUUUUCUACGAUGUGACUGAUGACGAAUUGGAUUCGGUAUUGAAAACACUGUCUCUAUUUCCACCCUGCGAAGUGCUUGUGCGGAAUAUUUUGGACACGUAUCUGAAAGAAUCGAGUGACCGAAAGAUACCCAAGCGAUAUUCACUUGUAAAGCUGCAGCGGAUUGGAAUAAUUUGCUCACAAUUACUGUAUGAAGACCGGCGGUAUCUUGCUAUUCUGCCUUCACAAAGCGAUCUUCUCUCACUACUAGUAACAUUUGACUCUUUUAUCGAAAAUGACGUCACUGCGAACCACGGAUUGUUUUCUGAAACGCCGGUCGACAUUCAUCGAAUGGAAGUUCCAAGCAGUGAGGAUGAGCUGAUCGAUUUCAUGGAGAACAUUGCUCGAAAAGCAGUUAUCUAUCUCACCAUAGAUUGUGAAGACAAAGCCCACGAUACAUCGUUAGCAUUUGCUGCGGCGGUUGUACCGGCGGUGAACCUAAUGUGCGAUACUCGAUGGAAGUGUGUGCCUCGUUCUGAGGUGUUUACUGAUUGUAGGCAGCGAUGGGAAGAGGUUUUCCAGAAGACGGCUCUGGCUACCUAUCGAGCGGUGUCAGCCCUAGUCACUCUGCCCUCGGCUCCCGCAUCAGCUCAGCUGUGCUUACGCAUUCUCUCUGAAAGCGGUGCAUUUCCAACAUGUAACAGAGACAAAGAGUGGAAUGUCCAUUGGCAUUGGGCUACAUCCAGCAAUUGCUCACCUCUACAGUUGGGACCAGUGGAUCGAUGGAUAAGCAGGUACCACACAGAGACUCCUCUAGAAUUUUUAACGCAUGUCUACGAAUAUAUACAAACAAAUGCAUCAGAAUGGCAAGAAACAAUGUUCAAUGCAAAUUCACUCGACUCUCCAUCGUGGCGCAUUAGCGUGCUUUGCCUGCGGGCAGCUACCAGCAUUUUCGAAGACAUAAGCCUCAUCUCGUCUCUCCCGCCUGAACUCCUUGACUUCGUUAUGUGUGGAUUAGUAACAGCUCUAGAUAGUUGUGAUGAAACCAUGGGAGCACAAAUUCCUAAUGGGAGCAAAUUGAGCGCGUUAGCCGGACUAGCCUUAAAAAUGUUUGCAAGGUGUGCACAAACAGCAUGUGGUCGCUUCUGUAACUCACUGGAUACGGAAUGGCCCAAUUUCUUUCUUCCUACGAUGUCAAGAAUUAUUGUACGGUGGUUUACAUUGUUAAGCGCUGAUGACAAACCAAUAUUCUUCGUGCGAUCGCUAGUAGAAGCCCUACUAUUCCUCAAAGAGCUCCCAGAUGACCUAUCACUGAAGAAGAAACUCUGUCCUGAGCUGGAUAAGUUCGGGUACGACGCCAUGCAUCAAACAUUAAUUAUUCACUCGGAAGAUCUGAUAGUGUCUGACUCUCCUUUUAUACGAUUUGCAGCCCUACACGUUUUGAAACUAAUAUCCCCGUUAAUGUAUAGACAAGAAAACGAGCAGUGGGCAGAAGAAGAGAAGGUUAGUGCGUCGGGGCCACGUCGUCUAGUAGUUCCCGACACUUUAACCCGACUCAUCGAUGAUACAUCUGGUUGGCCUGCCAUAAUGGCCUUUGAUGCUGCACUCGUUCCACUAACGAACAACAUUUCGUCGGACGAAGAACGUGUUGCAUAUUGCGAUGUGCUGCUACAUCCUGUUUCCACAGUCCUACCACAGAUUUUGGCACGAUGCCCGGAAGAUAUACCUUCUUCCAAGGAACGCGAGUACUUUGUGUCAGACAAAUUCCCAUUUUCUGUCAACGUAUUUGAGAGAUACGCAGCAAACUUACUGUAUCGAACACUUGGAUGUUUGCCCGCUGUUGUACGCAACUGGUACGCUGGGCUUCCUAACACUGGAACACAAAUUGUUAGCAGAUACGUACGGUAUUACGUUAGCAAAUUGCUGGUAGAAGCCGAACUCAACAAGGUGAAAAUGGCCAAUCAAAGUCAUCUGAAAGCAGACAAGUCGUUAAAGAUCCGUGUAGUUCCUGUAUCUGGUGAAGUCAUAGCCGAAUAUACCGUAGAAGAGACAACAAUGCGGUUGUCGAUAGUGAUGCCGGUGGAUUGGCCCCUCUCGGUACCCGCAAUACAAAUAGACAAAGCUAUAGUACCGUCAGAAAAAGUGAAGAAAUGGCUGCUACAGUUAACCGCUUAUUUAUACCAUCAGAAUGGUUCUACAGUGGAAGGAAUAAUAAUGUGGAGAAAGAAUGUGGAUCGUGAUGUGGAAGGAGCAGAAGCAUGCACUAUUUGUAUGAUGACUAUUCAUUCGACUAACCAUCAGCUACCGAAGGUGAGAUGCCGACAAUGCAAGAACAAAUUCCAUUCGAACUGUUUGUACAAAUGGUUCGAAUCUAGCAGUCAAUCCAGUUGUCCUCUAUGCAGAGCAAAUUUCACGUAA